AUGAUCGGGUUUGAAGGUUCAAGUAGGAAUCUCCGUUCUGCUGAAGUAGUUGAAAAAAAUUUAGAAGAUACUGAAAGCAGGGUUGAUUCGAGUAAAUCCAUGAGGACAUCCACCAGUGAAGCUCUAACGGCAAAGGAGGUCAGUUUUUUGACGCAACUUACGGAGAUCGAAGGUUCCCUUCACGGAAAAUUGUCGAGUAACGAUCAAGAACACUUGACUGAUACAAAUAUAUCUCGAGGACAUUUUAAGUUAGAGCAGAGCAGAAUAAGCGAAGAAAACAAAAGCGCCGAAGAAAGUUCUGAUAUACUAAACUUCUCUGGCGGAGAAGACAAGAGGAAAAAACGGAAGUUACUACAAUCUCCAGAGCAUCAAAGCGAAACUAGCGAAAUGCAACAGAAAAUUCACGGCUGUGAAGGAAACGACGAAAUAAACGGAACUAAAUUGCAACCACACAAGGAGGAGGAACGGGGCCGAAGACGAAAGAAAUCUGAUGAACGACCAACAUUUGACCGUGAAGCCGCAGAUCCCGUGCAAACUUCUUCUGUUCCCAAGGAACACCAAACGACCUACGAUGUUGUAGAUCAAUGUGUCAAAAAAUCUGCUGAUUCACACAGUGAUUUGCGGUUGGGGGCUACGCAAGAUUCUGAAUCUGCUAUAACUCUCGUUCACCCAGAAGGGCAGGAUUCUUCUGCUGUUUUCAAAAUCCAUCCCGAAACUGAGGUGGAACAAAAUUUUAAGGAGAAUAGUGACGGUUCUCAAGUAGUGGAUAGUAGUAGCAGCACAGCUUGUCAAGAGAAUUUGCAGGGGAAGGAGAGACGAAGACUAAGUAACGAAAACGUCGCUGGUAAUGAAUUGCAGGAGUUGUUGCAGCCACAGGCUGCAGACGAAUUACUAUUUAAUUCAUGCCCCUUUCAAUCAGGUGCACUUGCUUCAUCUCAAGCUUCCAAGCAACAUUCUAAAAAGCGAGGGGGAAGAGCGGUCCAGAAAAGUGAAGUUCUGCAGCGAGAAAAAACUGACGAAACUGCUCCAGAAGGAAAUCAGCUGUCACAAGAUAGUGAAAAGCUUCAGGCGAAAACUAAAGGAAAUAUUCAGUUACAGGAGAUAGUACGACCGGAACCUGAUGGCAAUUCAGCGGUCUCCUCUGGUGCUGAUGAACAGCUUUCGGCUGCUUCUGAGGAACAUUCAGGAAUCGAACUGGAAAGAGAGACGGACACUGCAGAUUCAGCAGAAAAAAGGGCUUUCAAACAGAAUGAAGAGACAGAAAGUGCGGUAGUUAUUGGGGCGCAGGAGGUGCCUGAUAAUGACUUAGCAUUCACUUCUGUCUCUUCUGAAGCUGAUCAACACAGUUUAGCUAGUGCUGUUGUGGAACAUUCAACAUCUGAGGUGAUAAUAGAAACGGAUGCAGGCACAGAAAAGGAAAAGGUUUUAGAAGAAAGGGAAGUGCAAGGAUCUGCAUUAAGUACAGAAGCGCAAAAGGAAUCUGCUGACAAUUCAACAUUCAAUUUUAUUUCCGUUAAGGAUAAUGAACAGGAUUGGACUGGUGUUGAUGAUGAGAAUUCUGGAACUGUGGUGAAAGGAGAAACUGGCACUGCAGGUACAGAAGGAAACGGCGUGCAAAAAACUGCAGAAAGUACAGACGCACAGAAAAGACUCAUUGAUGACUCAUCAUUUGAUUUCAUCUCUUCUGACGCUGAUCAGCAGGAUCCGGCUAGUGCUACUGAGGAACCUUUAACAAAAGAAAUGAUAAGGGAAACAGGUAGUGCAGGCGCAGAAGAGAAACAAGUUUUAGAAGCAAGUGAGGUGCGAGGAACUGCAGAAAGUACAGAGGCACAGAAGGAACCUACUGACGACUCAGCAGCCAGUUUUGGCUCCCCUUUCGUAGGGGGAUUCGAUUUGACUGAUGCUGAUAAGGAAUAUGCAAGAACCAAAGUGAAAGGAGAGAUGGCUACUGUAGACACAGAAAAAAAAGAAGUGUCGGAAGAAAGUGAGUCGCCGGAAAUUGCAAAAAGUACAGAAACGCAGAAGGAACUUGUUAAUAAGUCAGCAUCCAAUUUCAUGACCCGCAACAUUAGUGAACAGGAUUCGAUUGGUGUUGCUGAGGAAAAUCCUGGGACUGUGGUGGAGGAAGAAACGGGCACUGCAGGUAGAGAAGAAAACGAAGUGCAUGAAACUGCAGAAAGUAUAGAAGCAUGGAACGAACCUACUGAUGACACAGCAUCCAGUUUUAGUCCCGGUGACGGAGAGGCACUUGGUUCGGCUAUUGCUGGUGUGAAGUAUAUAGAAAUGGGGGCUGUACAGAAAGAGCAAAUGCCUGAAAGUGUUUUGGGAAUUGAAGAGGAGGGAUGCGCUAAUAAGCUGCAGGAAGAACAAGUUAAAAAAAAACUUGAAGAACACAGGGAGGAAGGUUUAGAUGUUGUAAAUGAUCCUCUUGAGACUGUUAGUAAAAGUAAACUUGGGAAUGGCCCAAAUCAGUUUUGCGACGGCGACACGACUGUUUUUACUGGGGAUUAUUCAGUUGCUAAAAUGAUGGACGGCGUUUGUGAUAAUGAUGAACGUUCCGGAAACAAAGGACAGAGGAUUGACACGAGUCUAACACAGGAAGAGGUUGAAAAGGAAAGCAUUGGACCACAUAUGGAAAGUAUAGGCAUUACAGAAUUGCAACAUUCGCAAGCAGAAGCUGAUGGCGACUCGUCAUCCGGUUCAAUUUCUGUUCGACAGGGAGAACAAUCUUUGGUUGGUCAUAAUGAAGUACAGGAGGAUGAUAUAUUUCGGCGAAGAGAAGAACAGAUCGGUGCUGGUGACAUUCAAGAAGAAAAUAUUACAAAGCAGGUUGAAACAUCACAGAAAGAGGUACAUGAAGUUACAGCUCAAAAGAGAGAGUCUAAACUUGAAGACAAGGAAUCUGGACUUGAUAUGAGCCCAUCGAGAUUUGGAGCAGCAGUGGACGAAGAGCAAACCGGACAGUUUCAAAAUGUGCAGAGCGGUGUUAUGGAGGCAUCGAGUAUUACAGAAGAAAAUAAAUUUUUGGCAGAGGCAGCAAGCAGUUUUGCCCCAGUGACUAAAAAACUAGCUGAUGGCGAUGUGCAAAGUCCAUUAACGCCUAUGGAAGCUGCGGUCGAAUCUGAAGACAUCCAUGAGAAUGAGGCAAAGAUUUCAAAAACAAAGAAUAAUGAGCCCGAAUCAAAUGGAAGGGGACGCACCGCAGAACAGAACAGGAAUGAGGACGUUCGUGAAUCGCAUGGGAAACAGCAUGUAGAGAGUGUCGUAUUGGCUGGAACGGAACAUCUAACUGGAUUAAAUGAAAAAGAACGUUCUUCUGAAGCGAAUGAUAAAAAGGGUACCGAUAUAAUAACUACAACAGGAGAGGUUUCUGAAACGGACAGCAAGGAGUGUGCUGCUGGAUCAGAUAUAGUCAAACAAGGCCUCGAACUGCACAAAGAAGAACAUGUGGGCGAAGUUCAGAACGUGACGCCAAUGACGCAGCCAAAGUUGGAAGUGUCGUCGUUGCUAGUGAACGGAACAGAAACAAACUCGCUUGCUAGCGACGAGUCAGGUUCUGCACAGAUGUUGAAGAAUAUAAUGAAAUCAAACGAGCAACACAGUGAUCUUGCACCCCCACUGACCGAUACCAAUGUAUUUUCUUUAAAUUCGAUGAAACCUGCACAGGGAGCAGAUGGUCAGAAGGUGGAUGGUGCAACGAAUCCUAGCGCUGCGUCUCAUUCUAUAAAUUCACCUAGAAGAGAACCAUUCAAACUUAAGAAAUUCGACUUUAGUUAUUCUGCGCCGCAGCAUAAACGUGUUUAUCGACUUUUGCCUGAAGAUAUUCAAUUUUGUGCACACAUGAUAGAAACGCACGGGGAAAAUUACGAGGCAAUGGCCAAGGACGUAAAAAACAUUUAUAGAGAUACGCCAAAAUCGAUCCAAAGGAAGAUUCGAGUGUUCAGGGACAGUCCUCAGUACAUUGAAUACCUGGAGUCUAAAAAAACCGGCUCUGUAAAGAUGGAUUAG